AUGGAUCCUGAGAGCGCCGCUUUCCAGCCUCGCGACGACUUCUGGCGAAUACAAGACGAUAUGCUCCGCAUUCACCAAUCCCAACAGGAGCUUUCGGAUCGUGUUUCUCGCCUGGAGCGCCGAAAUGAGGACGAUUUGCGCCUGAAGAACGUCUGGGGCGGCACUUCGCCAUUCCCCUCAGUGCUGGGAGGCACCCCUCAGCAAGUUCCUUUGCAACAGCCGACAGCCGACAGAUUCAGCAACUUCGACGAUCACUCGUCCGCUUUGAUCAAUGACCUGCACCUUGACGCUGACGAAGAGCCCCGCCGUCUCGGAACAACUUCCCGUGCGAACAGCGUGCGCUUCGAUGAGACGGCGAACCAUGGCCAUUGGUCUCGGCCGUCGAUGGAGUUCAUAACUCGUACCAGCAGCGGCAUGGGUGGCCACGCAAUGAGCGAGCGCAGCUACUCGCAUAAAUCGCUUGGGGGGCAGCAUGACACCAUGCUAUACGCUGCAGUGUGCAGUGGUUCUUACGCAUCGUUCCUCGACCUUCGGCUUGUCGAGAAACUUGGUUUUCAAGACCACGUCACACGAACCGAUAAUAACCGCCGUGCGAUCAAAUUGCCCAUGUACCUGCCGGAGGCUGUGCCAGUAUCUGCAUCGCCGCAUGCCAGCAGUCCUGCACCCCAGCUACCCUCACUGACUAUUGAGGUCACGGUUGUUGAGAAUUACAAUGGUGAGGCGGACAGUAAAGCCAUCCAGAUCUUCCUUGGGAGUGACAUGUUACGAGCUCACAACGCAGAUAUUCUGCUCUCUUCUAAUCAGCUUACUCUUUACGACGACGAUGGAAAUAAGCUGCGUAUCCCUCUGGUUCGCCCGGAAGAUGAGCAUACGUUCAAGUCGUUAUACAUCACAAGUGGACACCAUGACCGUACGCACACGCAACUCGGGGUGGCAAAACCCCCAACGCUACCAACGAAGUCUCCAGUAUCUAAGGAGUCGGGUGACACUUUGCCUGCUGGAAAUACGAGCAGGUCUGCUGCGGCUGCUUUCAAAGCCACUGAUUCAGCGACUACCAGCGGUUCUGAGGAUGGUUCGGUAGGUCGACGUAGCCUCGAACAACGUCCGCGCUUAGGCCUCUCAACAAGUUCACGAACAGAAUCCAAAGAUGCGCAGGAGUCGAGUCCAGGCGGUGUUGCGGCACGUGCGGGAUCUUCUCCGGCUAUUUGGAGCAAUUGGCGACGUGACACAGAGAAAUCCGGGUCCACGGAUUGUGCCAACGUGGGGAAACCCCCGGCUCCGACCUACCAACGACGCGAUACUGGUAUCAAGGUAUUGAAGAAGCCAGGAGCGCGCACGCUGUCCACCAGUAUAUCGCACGGCUCUUCGCCUUCUGCCACUGGCCAGUCCCGCUUCUUCGACGAUGGAAAGCGUAGAGAGGAUAUUCCAGGUGAGGGCGAGGGCCGUGUGCCGCCGUUGAAGCGGUCAGCGUCGGGCGAGAAGCCGAAGGAGAAUAUACCCGGUCUAGCAAAGACUCGGUCUGCUAAUCCAGUGGGUGGCGCUUCCGCUUUCCCGUGGCUGAAUACCGGAGGCUCCAAAUGA